CCAUCCGGAAGCCGCCGCGCCGGCAGGAAGUGACGAAGCAGGGCCCGUCGGGGCCGUGGGGCCGCUUCCCGCGCGCCCGGCCCUGCGUCCGGGGAAGAGCCCCGAACCGAGCCGCCGCCGCCGAGCCCGCAGCCCCCAUGCCUGGAAGUUACAGCGUGAUGGCAGACGAUGGUUCUAUGGAUUAUAGCGUACAUGAGGCCUGGAAUGAAGCCACCAAUGUUUAUUUGGUGGUGAUCCUUGUUAGCUUUGCUCUCUUCAUGUAUGCCAAGAGGAAUAAAAGGAAAAUUAUGAGGAUAUUCAGUGUGCCAUCUUCAGCAGAAACCUUGUCAGAGCCUAACUUUUAUGACACAAUGAGCAAAAUUCGCUUAAGACAGCAACUGGAGAUGUAUUCUAUUUAUUCUUCUAUUUCAGUUUUUGAACCACAUUCAGGGCUUACUCCUGAUUCUUGCAUAGGGAUCACUUCUGGUGGGCUCUGGACAUCAUAUGCAGUGCUGGAUAUUGAACUGGAGUCAGCCAAAUGCAAGACAGCCAUCUUAAAAUGUGGACUAUCUCCCUAACCCUGGUUUUCAGAUAUUCUUGAGUGGACUAAGUCAUUUUUUAAAAAUAGUAAAUGUAGAACGAUAUGCCAUAGAGAUGCCUCCAGACCCUUCUCCAGGCUGUCUAAUCCAGGGUAACCUAGAAGGGGCUGGGUGAGUUCCCCUUUCCGCCCCAACAGAGCCCAGUGGUUGGAAACCUCUAGAACUCAAUCACCUCCAUGCUCACAGCCGAUCUCCACAGGCUCAGAUGAGCUUCACCUAUGAGUGAAUCUACUGAAAAACCCAGGUAUGAAAAACCCAGAUUGUGACAAAUCUCCAGGCUCAAUAGUUAGGAAUAGGUGUCCCCCCCCCACUCUCCGUCCUUCUAAGGUAGCCUGGCAGUCAUGCCCAGGAACUGCCUCUGGGGCCAUCUAAGCUCAUUAACGGCCAUGAUCCAGUGACUUACAAAUAAAGCUCUUGGAAGAAAGCAACACGGAACCAUAGAUAUGCCUCCGGACCCCUAAGUCACCCUCCAGUUUUUAAAAAAUGUAAAUUAACCUCAGCUGUAUAACAGAAUUUAAAAUUUCAGAAUUCCUGGAGUGUGUGGUCACAUUCACAACUAUGUGACAUCUCAUUCUUUUACAAAGACUUAGUGGUUCCAGGGUGAAAUACAAUCUUCACAUACUUUCCUCUAAAAAAAAUUAUUUUGGAUCAUUUUUAAUGUGUUAUUUAUAACAAGACUACAAAAGAAAUUAUUAUUUAGGUCCUGCUUAGGGGCAGGACUUGGGGGUCAGGGUGGAAACAUUCAAAAUAUGGUGGUGGGUAGGUGUAAUGGUGGGAUUGCUGUUGGAAUAUUAAAUGUAACAAUUUACUGUGAAGAACUUUAUAAAAAUAAAAAAUUGAAAAAUAAAAAUAGCAAAUGUGGUGUACCUGUUUUUAAAAUUAUUUUCUUUGUUGUUCAGCCUUAGCAUGACUUUCACAGUGUAACACUUUAUUUAAUUGCAUCACCAGCUCUACUAUGCAUAGUUCUUAAGAAAAAUCUAACGUCAUUGCUAUUAUAUCACCAAAAAUCUGUCACUAAGAUAUUGUUCAUUGGAAAUAACUGAAGAAGUUUUUAAUAGUAAGGGUAUGGGAUGAGGGGCACUGGCCUGCUAUUUGCCAACAAAUUUUAUGCAACUUUUUGAGUUGUCAAGGCUUUUAUCAGUAAUUCAUUUUGGCAAAAAAGUUGCUCCUUUUCUUCCUUGAGCCUUUUGAUCAUCAAAGUUAACUUUCUCUUUUCAUCUAGACCAGUGAUUUUUUCCUGCAGAGGAUUGAAGAUUGAGUUUCAGAACUUCCAGUUUCAAGGAUAGAUUUUAAUUUAUCGACAAAUUGUAAAUGAAUAAAAGUGUAUGGAAAUUUAAUUACUCAAAAUAUGCUAAUUUAUUUUCAUUCUAACUUUACUUAAGGUUCUUGAUGUUCUGGACUACUUUUUUAGGUGCCUUCCUUAAUGGCCUCUAUCCUGUUGCCAUGGUGAAAUAGCAUUAAUCACACUUCUUAAGCUAACAAUAUUUGUAAGCUAUACCCUUUUUUUUUGCUUAUUUAAGAAAAAGAAAAAGAUUCUGGAAAAUAUAGCCAAUUUCAAAGGAUUAAAUUUCUUUUUAGGAAUAUUAGUCAUUUAAAUUGAAUAUAUUUAAUUGAAUUUUUUAAUUGAAUAUAUAAAAAACAUGACAAUUGUAGAUCCUUACAAUUCUGUUAGCAGACAGCUUUGACUAAAGCUGAUGUUUGCGUUUUCAAGCUGUGUGAAACUACUUGAAACAAUUUUGAAUGGAGGGAGGUCACCUCAUGGUACAAAUCAUCGUUUUUCUUUUGAACUCUCUUAUAACUUGUAAUUACUGAUCAAACAAAAAGCUUUAGUUCAUCUUUCUCCCUUAAAAACUUGACAUAAAACUUGAACUUGAUUUACUUUGUGUGAAGUCACAUUUAAUUUACUCAAAAGAGUACUCUAAAGUUCUAUACUUUGGGGGACAGCUUUGAAAGCAUCAACAAAGAAAAUCAAUAAGAGUUAGUUAAUAGAACAUAGAAUUAAAAACAUUAAUUUCAGCAUGUUUUUAUUACUAUUUGUUUGAAAUUAGCAUACUAUUUGCUAGGUCUUAUUUGUUCAUCUGUUAAAUGAGAAUAACUUUCUUUUUUCAACCCAGGGAUGUUCAAAUUUUUAAAAAUAUAGCCUUCUAGAACCCUUUGGAAGUCAGUGUAAUAAUCUUCGAUGAUGCUGUUGUUCAACCUUCUUUCUUCUGUGUAACCAAUCUAUAUACUGAAUAUUUGGAAAGAGAAAGAUUGUUUGAAUAUUAAUGGAGUCCCUAAUUCUUGUGAGCAUCUAGAGUGGUUCACAGACCAAUGGCAGGCUAUAGAAAUUUCCUGGUUAGCCACCAAAAACUUCCCCCAAUCAUGUAAAGUUUCCAUGAUCAAAUCAACUGCUUUGUAUAGAGGUGAGGUGACACUGCACUUGACCUGUUGUGGUCUGAUUAUAUUAGAUGAAGUGCUCAGUCACCCGAUGCCUCAAAUUGCAUCAGAUCUCCUAUCUACUACACAUUGCAAAAAUUCUUAUUUUAUUGCAUUUGUUCAUAUGUUCUAAUAAAGUGUUGCAGUAUAUCAAAAAACAAGUUAAUUCUUUUGUAAAAGUUUUUGUAAGAAAAAUUCUUACAAAACCGAGACAAAAAAAUGUAUAAAGCAAAACCUUUUCAUCUUUAACAGAGCAAGGGCAGUAUUCAGGAAAAAAAUAGUGAUAGUACCAAAACUCUGCCAUCCAUGUACUAGCACUUUAAAUUCAGAAGAAACAAAGAAAAGAAAUAUAUUAAUACUUUAGAAUGAGCAAUACAAGUCAUAAAGAGAAAAGGAAACAUAACACAUUGCAAUAAGGAGUAUUUAAAGCUUGGAGUACAUAGGCUCUUGAUGAGUAUUUUUGCUGUAGCUCCUAGCAAUUAAUUAUUAUCAUGGUCUUUAUGUAUAGUAUGUUCCAAGAUUCUGUCAAGAGCCGCUCUGAAACCUUCCAAACUUGUCAUUUGCAUUCGAGGCAUAGAGGUUUUACUAAUAAACCGCUGGGCUUUUUUCAAAGAUCAUAUGACCAGAUGAAAUAUCUUAAAAAUCAAGAGAAAAUGAUGACUGGUGACAAAUUGUUCCUUUGAGCAUACUACAUAGCUAAAAUGAAAAAAAAAUCUGCUAAUGGCUAGGAGUUAUUAAAGCCUUGCAUCUUAGGAGAAAUUUUGGGUUCUGAGUCACUAAAACAUCAAAAUCUGUUUAAAUAUAGGAAAAAAGAAAGAACACUGGAAGCUAUAUUACUUUCACACUACCCUUCAGAGAAUUAUUGAUAUUUACUAAUACUUUAAUAAUUAUUUCCUUGAAAAUUAGGGUACUUGUGAAGAUAAUUCCUUUGUUAAAAGCUUCUUCUUGGAAAAUGUGAAAUUAUGCUCACUUGUUCCUCACGAAAAAGAAGAGCUAUUUUUGGUGUUCAAACAUAAAAUGCAAUCAUUGUCUUAACUGGAUAUUCCUUGAAAAAGAAUACCUUCUCUGAGUAUGUAGCUAUUAAAUUGCUUAUAAUUUUUUUUA